UUCUUCUUCUCCCCUCUUCUUUAUAUUCCUCCAUUAUUGCACUCAUAAUCUCUUCCUGUAUCUCUAAGCACUCAACCUAAGAAGGCAAGCAGAAGGAAUGGCUUUACUAAUGAGAUUACUUUUAACAAUCACAUUAGUAGUGAUCAUGAUUGCAUCAGGAGCAAAAUUGAGUGAUUCAGCAAGAGUUUUCACCAUAAUAAACUAUUGCGACGAAACAAUUUGGCCUGGAAUUACGCCUGGUGAGAACUUUGGUGGCGGCGGAUUUGAAUUAAAAUCAGGUCGAUCUAUUGUCUUCACUGCUCCGAUAAGUUGGUCUGGUCGAAUAUGGGGUCGAACCGGUUGCAAUUUCGACAAAACUGGCAAUGGCUCUUGCCAAACUGGUAGCUGUGGUACUACCCUCCAAUGUGGAGCUGCAGGCAAAACACCAGCCUCACUUGCUGAAUUUACACUUGCAUCCCCGGAUUUUUACGAUGUUAGCCUUGUCGACGGAUUCAAUUUACCGAUACUUAUUACACCGGUGAAUGGGACCGGGAACUGCAGCCGUGCUGGUUGUAACAGUGACUUGAGACCCAAUUGCCCGAAAGAACUCGCCGUUAAGUCCGGCAACAAAAUUAUCAGUUGCCGGAGUGCUUGUGAUGCAUUUGGAACUGAUCAAUAUUGUUGUAAGGGUACAUUUGGGAAUCCAGUGACAUGCCAACCUACAUUUUACUCCAAGAAGUUUAAGGAGGCAUGUCCUACGGCUUACAGUUAUGCUUAUGAUGAUCCUACCAGUAUUUUUACAUGCUCGGCUUCAGACUACAUCAUCUCUUUCUGUUCAUCAAGCAAGCAAAAGGUGUGCACGUAUCAUGAUCAUAAGGUCAUCUGCAGUGGAUCGAAAGGCUUAAAAUCAUUUGGUGGAAGAUGGUUGGCCUUAAUUUUCGCAUUUAUGGUGAUAAUUAAUUUGUAGAUAUUGCAUUUUAUGCAAAUGAAUUUCUUUCUUUUUCUUCUUUUUUCUCUUAGUUUUUAUUUUUUUAUUUUUAUUUCAAAAGUACAUAGUGAAGAGUGAAAGGGUGUACAAAAUUUGUUCCUUCUUUCGAUUGUUUAUUUCAUUUAUAACAAAAGGAUGCGUUUGUUCGUAAUC